AUGGUUGAAGAAGUUAAACAAAAGUCCGACGGGUCUCUUGAACGUUACCAAGCGCGACUUGUCGCUCAAGGUUACAAUCAACAACAUGGACUAGACUAUGAUCAAACAUUUAGUCCAGUGGUGAAACCAGUCACCAUUCGUAUUGUUCUUGCUAUUGCUGCAUCUAAGAAAUGGCCAGUCCAUCAAUUAGAUGUCAAGAAUGCCUUCUUGCAUGACACUCUUAAUGAGCUGGUAUACAUGAAACAGCCUACAUGCUUUGUUCAUCUACAAUUUCCACAUCAUGUUUGUCGGUUGAACAAAGCUCUUUAUGGCUUAAAGCAAGCCCUGCAGGCAUGGUUUCAACGUUUUACUUCUUUAAUUCUUUGUCAUGGUUUUAAAAAUAGUAUGUCAGAUUCUCCUCUAUUUAUCUACAAAAAUAAUACUGACAUUGCUAUUCUUCUCAUCUAUGUGGACGAUAUUCUUCUUAUCGCUUCUUCUUCUACUUUACUUAGUUCUUUGAUCGCGGCCUUAAAAUCAGAAUUUUCCAUGAAUGAUUUAGGUUUGAUUAAUUUCUUUCUUGGCAUCUCUGUAACUUCUCGAGAUGGUGGUUACUUUAUUUGUCAGUCCAAAUAUAUUAAAGAUCUCCUAGGUCGUGCCAACCUUCUUUCUUCCAAACCUGUUACUUCACCUAUUUCCCCGAAAUCUAUACAUAAUUCUAGUGACUCAUCUCCAUUCUCAGAUGCUACUCUCUAUAGGAGCCUUGUUGGUGGUCUUCAAUAUCUUACAUUUACCCGUCCAGAUAUUGCAUUUGCUGUUAAUAGAGUGUCCCAGUUUAUGCAUUCACCCUCGGUGACUCAUUUUACUGCGGUGAAACGUAUUCUACGAUACUUGAAUGUCUCUUUGACUCGUGGUUUGUUCAUUCCUGGUGGUUCUAUUGAUAGUUUGUCCUGUUAUAGUGAUGCCGAUUGGGCUGGCUGCCCUACCACUCGACGAUCUACCUCAGCUUUUUGCUUGUUUCUUGGUUCUAAUCUUGUUUCUUGGUCUUCUAAAAAGUAG